GGGCUGAACCCAUGGCAUGUGGAAAUUCCCAGGCUAAGGGUCGAACUGGAGUUUCAGCUGCCAGUCUACACCACAGCCACAGCAACGUGGAAUCCAGGCUGCAUCUGAGACCUACAUCAUAGCUCACAGCAACACUGGAUCUUUAACCCACUGAGCGAGGCCAGGGAUAGAACCCACAUCCCUGGAUUCGUUUCCACUGCUCCACCAGGAGAACUCCAGGUUCUUAACCCGCUCAAUUACCAUAAGAACUCCAGUAACUGCAAAAAUUUAUGAAGGCUAAAACUUUCAGAAUAAAAGGAGCACCUUAGGAAAAAUCUCUAUAUUGUUUUUAUUUUUUGUAAUUUCUUAGUAGGUUUAUAGAAAUCUUGUUGUAGAAAAGGAAAGAGGAUUUGCAAAUCAUUAUUCUAGACAACCCUAAGAAAAUGUUGACAAUAAAAGAUUUACAGAGGAAACAGAUUCCCCCCCCCCCGUUAAAAAUGAAGAAGUCAAAUUAUGUCUAAGAAAAAUAUCUCCUAUUAAGGUCUUUAGGUGCCAAUAUAGCUGUCAUGUUAUAGCAAAUUUGUAUGCCAGAGUGUGCAAACACAAACACUAAUGAAAAGUUUAUUUUUGCUGGAGAAUUAGUAGUUUUAGAAUAAAAACUCUAGGACUGCAUUUUCUAAAUAUGACUUCUGUCAUCUUUUUAUAGUUGACAAAUAAGCAUUUUGUAUACACCAUAAGUGCAUUUAUUACAUACUAAUGACCAAAAAAAAAAAAAAUCUAAGGACAUAUCUCCAAAAUAUAUAAACUAACUAGACCUGGCAUGCCACGGGAGCUCACAAGUCAGAUUCUAUUUCUACAAAAAAUGUCAAGAUGACAACACAGUGGUUUCAAGAGUAGUAAUAAAAUCAUAGGACUAGGAACCAUGAGGCUGCAGGUUCGAUCCCUGGCCUUGCUCAGUGGGUUAAGGAUCCAGCAUUGCCGUGAGCUGUGGUGUAGGUCACAGAUGUGACUCAGAUCUGGUUUUGCUGUGGCUCUGGUGUUGCUGUGGCUCUGGCGUAGGCCAGCAGCUACAGCUCCGAUUUGACCCCUAGCCUGGGAACCUCUAUAUGCCAUGGGAUCAGCCCCAGAAAUGGCAAAAAGACAAAAAAAAAAAAAAAAAAGACCUUUAUGACAUCUUUUGGUUUAAUUCCAAGUUCCUAAGAAAAACCUUUUACCCAAAAUUCCUUUUACAGAAAAGAGAACCACAGAGCACAGUUCAAGUUUAAAAUCCUUCCAAAAGCUAGGAAAAAUAUAAUUACAUAUUGAAAAUUUACAUCAAAAUUAGAUAUACUUUAGCCUCUUUGUAUUCAUUAUUAAAUAGUUUUAACACUGAAUGUAUGCUUUAAAUACAUGUAUAGAUAAACAAUGUACUUAACACUGUAUACAACAAUGAUAUGCAAGUUGUCCUAUUUCUAUGUUAUCUUUCUUUCCUUUUUUUUUUUUUUUUUUUUUUUUUUUUUUUUAGGGUCACAUGCCAGGCCUAAGGAUGUUCUCAGGCUAGGGGGUCAAACUGGAGCUGCAGCUGCUGGCCUACACCACAGCCACGCCAGGUUCAAGCUACAUCUGUAACCUACACUGCAGUUCAGGACAACUGGGAUCCUUAACCUACAGAGGGGGGCCAGGGAUAGAAACUGCAUCCUCAUGGAUACUAGUCAGGUUCGUUAGCCACAAAGGAACUCCUGUGUUAUCUUUCUCAAAAAUAAAUUUAAGUUUAUAGUUUAAAUCCAUUCAUGCUUCACUUAAACUCUUCCAAUAACUUUUUUAUUCAACAUUUUUUUUUUUUUGGUCUUUUUGCCUUUUCUAGGGCCACACCCCCGGCAUAUGGACGUUCUCAGGAUAGGGGUCUAAUCUGAGCCGUAACUGCCACGCCUACACCAGAGCCACAGCAACUCGGAAUCCAAGCUGCGUCUGCAACCUACACCACAGCUCACUGCAAUGCCAGGGAUCGAACCCACAACCUCAUGGUUCUUAAUUGGAUUCGUUAACCACUGAGCCACGACAGGAACUCCUCAACACACACAUUUUUAAAUGUGUACCUCACAAUCAUUCUUACAAAGACUGAAGGCAUGUAAAGCAAAUGUUCUAAAAACAAACCUGGAGACCUAUGAACGAAGGAGCCCAAGAAAACAUUUUAGAAACAUAGGGCAAAAACGCACAAACACAAUCAUGAACAUUUUAUUACAGAAGAAUCAGUGUGAAUUGAUAAAAAAAAAUCCCUGGGAAAAAAGUGAGGCUAAAAACACUGUAGAACUUCUUUAAAAUAAGCAAAGAAAGUUUAGAAUGGCUUUAUCAGAACUAAAUAUUUCAAUAGUAAAUAAACUGAAAGCAAGCAAGCAAAAUGAAUCGUCCUUAAAAGACAUUUCUGUUACUGUCAAGAAGAGAACUAGAAGAGAAAGUAAAGACUAGGGCAGACAAUAUAGAUAGGCCUCAAUGUUGUACAGAUUUUACCAAAUUGGACACAAGACAUUUUUCAGCUACUUACAGCAAGCAGUGAAGGCUAUGAAUGACUAAUGCACUUGCUAGCUUGAAAAGUGUUUAAAUUCAAGCUUUCCUACAACAGUAAAAAGGUUAUAAACAUGGUAUCAAGGAGUUGUGAAGCAUUAUUUAGUGAGUCUAAACCUCAAUGAAAAUUUUUAAAAAUACAUGACUCAUACAGAAUAUUAAGUAUAUACAUAGAGAUAUUUUAAAACAGACUAUACACAAGUUAACAACAAUUUUGACUUAAGCUUUUUAAGUUAUAUUUUUAAACAAUUUUCACUUAAGCUUUUUAAGCCAUAUUUUUAAAAGCUCAGUGGUAUAUCAAAGUACAAUGUUAAAACACUGAAUUGACUAACAGGUGUUAAUUUAUAAUUAAUUUCCUCAAGACUUGACAAAGUGUCAAAAUAUAUGUUUUACUUUUUAAAAGUUUAACUUUACCCACUUUGUGGAGUCAAAAGUCGACUAGUUCCAAAUCAAACUGAAGAUAUAUAUAUUGAGGGCACACUCUUUUUAAGUUAAUCCAAUCUUCCUUCUUACAACACUACAUUUUCCUAACUAUUCACCCAAGGCAUAUAUGACAUACAUGUCAGUGAACAAUACUGCUUACAUGCUAAAUAUAUACCACUAUGAAGAACAGGUGCAACACUAUUUAGAUGCACCCUUUUUUUUUUCUUCUAAGCCUAAAUCUGCCUUGGAAAGGAAUUUAAAAAUAAAUACAAACAUCCAAAAGGGUUGAAUAAUCCUUUUUAAAAGUUAUAGCCACUCUCAAAUCCAAGAUAAAAGCCCUUAAACUACCAACAUCUUCCAAAAGUUAGGUAAACCAACCUAUCCAAGUUUCAUCUUAAAAUUGAGUUCGGCUCAAUUAUGGAGGAUCCUGAGAAUAUUUAACAUUGCUUCCUUUACUUGAGUUAGUACCGUUGAGACAAGUACUUUUUACUUCAAGCUAAUAUCAAAUCUUCCCUCAGUCGUUUCAAAAAGACAGGACAGAUACUCUGGAUAGGCUUUUUAUGGGUAAAGAUGGGGGAUGGAGAAGGGGGAGCCCGGUGAAGGGUACUCCAAAAAGAAAAAUUCAGCACAGAGAAGUGUUGAUGAGUCAGUCACUAAGGAAGAAGUCAAAGGGAAUCUAAGUGAGUAAGGCAGCAUCCCAGGUAAGUAGACACUUAAAGUUGGCGGCAGGAAAUGAAAACUUCACAGGUCAGCCGCAAGCCAUUGUGCUCGGUGGCAGCUCUGGAAAGAAGCCUGGCUGUCAACUAGUAAGAGCUACCAACUCCGGGGGAGGGGGUCAGGCAAGUCAACUCGAAAAGAGGGGUGGUUCGGGAAAAGGUGGUAAAAUGCCCAUGCCAGUCCUUCUCCUCGGGUUCUCCAUUUCACGAGGUACAAACGAGAGCAAGUUCAGUGCCCAGCAGCCCCACGCCAGGAACUUUCCCACAGAGAGGAACUCAGCCCCAAGACCCGGAGGCCCGGGCAGGCGGCCUCCGAAGGAGCCCCCGCGGACGCCAUACUAACAGCCAAAAUGGCUGCCCCAAGGAAGCCCGCACCGCGCAGCUAGAGAGGGCUGGGUAACAAGCUUGUGCGGUAAAAGGGGAGGGGGACUCUAGGAAGACCCGUCGCCAGGACCAUCACCCAUCCAGCCGCGCAGGUUCUGGUUACAGCUACCCCUUGCUAUAACUUUUGAACUAUAUUUGGAAAAAUACUGGUCAUAAAAAAAAUGAUAAAAUUUUUCCUCAUGGUGAAUAAACAAGGGCAGACCCGACUUUCUAAGUACUAUGAACAUGUGGAGAUUAAUAAGCGCACGCUUCUGGAAACAGAAGUCAUAAAGAGUUGUCUCUCUCGAUCCAGUGAACAAUGCUCUUUCAUCGAAUAUAAGGAUUUUAAGCUGAUAUAUCGGCAGUAUGCAGCUCUCUUCAUUGUGGUUGGAGUUAAUGACACUGAGAAUGAGAUGGCAAUUUAUGAAUUCAUCCAUAACUUUGUGGAAGUUUUAGACGAGUACUUCAGCCGAGUGAGUGAAUUAGAUAUAAUGUUUAAUUUGGAUAAAGUACACAUCAUUUUGGAUGAGAUGGUGUUAAACGGCUGCAUUGUGGAAACAAAUCGGGCAAGAAUUCUUGCCCCUUUACUAAUUCUUGAUAAGAUGUCAGAAAGCUGAAAAUGGAAAGGCUGUGUCAGACAACAUCGACUUAUAGGAAAUGAGAACACCAUGGAAUACCCCUGAACAUGGACAGCCCAAAAGAAUCUGGAAGACCAUACAUUGCAAAAUGGGCUAUCCUCCUAAAGACAUUUUACUUUUUUUUUUUUUUUUUUUUUUAAGGGCUGUAUCCACGGCAUAUGGAGGUUCCCAGGCUAGGGGCUGAAUCAGAGCUAUAGCUGCCAGCCUACCCCACAGCCACAGCAACACAGGACCCAAGCUGUGUCCGUGACCUACACCAUAGCUCACGCCAACACUGAAUCCUUAACACACCGAGUGAAGCCAGGGAUUGAACCUGCGUCUUCAUGGAUGCUAGUCAGAUUUGUUUGCACUGAGCCACAACAGGAACUCCCCAAGGACAUUUUAAACAUGUGUUGUCCACCAUUCCUAAAAGGAAAAUGAAACACAUUUUAAAAUAUGAUGUACAAAGAAAAAUUUUCCCUAAACAGAGAGACAAGUUUCAUUUUCUAACCAUAAGCAUUUUUUUUUUUUUCUCACUUGUUUAAAUUUUGUGGAGUACUAAGGGACCCUUUUUUUGGUCUCUGCUUCCUUUUGCAAAUUAGACUCAGGAAUAGAAGCAUGGGUUGGGAAGAAAGUGUGGCAGCUAUCAGCCCAGCCAGUAAACUUUUUAAACUGAUUUAAACACACACAGCACUUUGAAUGACAUUAUUUUCUGAAUGCUAUAUUUUUCCUUUAGAAGUCUUAAAAAGUCAAAAGUUCACUCCAUUCAUGUACCUGAUGAAAAUUGCAGAAUUAAAUUUUAUUUGCCAGCAUAUAAAAGCCUGAUAUCCAUUUUAUGGGUACUUGGCAAAUACAAUGUUAUCAUGCAAUUAACUCUAUAGAGAACAUUACUACCUAAUAAUGAAUGGUUAAGCAUUAAAAACAGCUCUUACAACUAUCCUAUAUGCCUUAUUAUAAAGAGUUUGUCUUAUUAUUAAACUUACUUGUAAAUGAAAUUUACUUUAGUUCAAAGUUUAAAAACAGAAUGCAAGAAAAUAUCUCUGUUCACGUUGCCCUGAAAUGAAUGUCUCUCCCUCCCUUUUACUCCUUCAACCCCUUCUCCUGGAAUGUCCUUUUCUUUUUGGUGGCAUAUGGAAGAGUGUGAACCUGCGCCACAACAGUGACCCAAGCCACUGCAGUGACAACGCCGGAUUCUUAACCCACCACACUGCAAGAGAACUGGAAAUGUCUUGAAGCAAAGAAAACCUCUAAGGCACUAUGGAAGAGCAAUACCCUGAUGCUUCCAAACCUUUUCACAUAUAUGCUUUUGCUGCUCAGUCAACAGAAGAUACCGAACUGUCUUAGGUAAAAACAUGUUUAUGUGCAUGUACAGGUAGGAGGGCAGGUACAGUGGAGGAAAGAGAAAUACAGUCUUGGUACAGGAGGAUAUUGUACCAUUCAAUGGAACUGCAAGAGUUCUUUCACUUGCAACACUCUAUCCUCCAAAAGAGGAUAUAAAAGGACAUUCUGGGUACUGAUAAUUGAUUUAGUACUGUUUUGACUUUUCUCUCUCUCUCUCUCUCUCUCUCUCUCAUGUGUGUAGGUGUGGGUAUGGGUGUGGUGUGGUAUAUAUGGGGGGAUUUUGUUUAAAUUCUUUAUGUUUCUAAAAAAUAUACUUACAUAUUUCAAAGUUCACAUCUAUGAAGCCCUGGCAACCAGUCAAUAAUGCACUCCAAAAGCAAACCUUAGUUGUUUUGGACUCAUUCAGGAAGGCUUCUGACCUGCCAGAACAGUGAAUGGUGUGUAUAUAUACAUAUUAUAGCCCCACCUUUGCAUUAAGUGGCCAAGGUCUGGGGAAAGCCCAGUCUAGAUCAAAGGGCUUUGGAGGUCUCUCUGAAACACAUUAGUUGGGAAACACUGUCCUAGUUGGUACUCACUUAAUCAGUAGCACAUUUGGGUAACUGCUGAAACUGGUACACCAGAAGUAACUAGGGAGUGAAUAAAAUUAAUUUUUGGGUCACACCAAAAUAGCAUUCAAAUAACAUCUUGGCACAGAUUUUAGUACCUUGAGAGAAUAACAAUUUUAAAAAAAUACUAGGUAGAUACCACAGGAAAAAAUACUCAAGAGCUUAGUGUAUGUGGAGACCCAAGUAAAAGUCUAAUGAUACUUCACUCAUGCAAAGUGAACUGUAAUGUGACUGUUCUGUGACAGGCUGUGUUGUCAUCUCACUUCGGGGUUAUUGCUAAACUGUGACUACCAGCUCUAAGUCAUUUUCUCACUCAUGAAAUUUAUGCCUCAGACUGGUCAGCUGUACCUUCUUCUUGGCCUUUUCUUUCUAUAGGAAGAUUCCUGACAUUUCAGAAUUAGUAACUGUGUAAAGCUCAUCCAUUUUACCUACUGUAUAAUGGAUGUGCUAGGCCAAGAUUCAGCAGAUCUUUUCUUCAAUGGGCUAGACAGUAAAUAUUUUAGGCUUUGUGAACCAUAUGGUCUCUGCUUUAACUACUCAGUUAGUUAAAGUUAAUACAUAAAUAAAGCAGCAUGGCUGUGUUCUAACAAAAAUUUAUUUAUGGACAGUGAAAUUUAAAUUUCAUAAAAUUUCACACCAUAAGGUAUUAUUCUUCUGAUUUUUUUCAACCACUUGAAUUUAAAACCAUGCUUAGCUUAUGGACCAUACAAAAGCAAAUGGCAGGCUAGUUUGCUAACCCCUGUGCUAGAAUAGUCUUGAUAAAAGCUGGUUACUGAUAUUUGAGAGACUUAAAUAAUGGCAAUACUACACACAUAAACUGAAUUUUAAUUCUACGGCUGGUAUAAACUUAUCAUGCAUCCAUGACUUUGAGAUAAUUACCACCACUUUUUUUUUUUUUGGAUUAAAGCACAGGUCAUACAUUUAAAUAUUGCUAUUAUAUUUUAACUUUUAUUCUCACAGAGAACUGUGAAGCUAAUAAGGUAAAUUAUUUAAAUUUUGCUUCUGAUUACAUAGCCACAACAUUCUCAUGUAGAGAAUAGAAACACUACUCAAUGAUUGACUGCAGUGGGAGAAAUCUCUUCUAAUGUAGAAAGGGAAUGUACCUUUUAAACAGGUAAAUAAUGGGAAAUUCCAAAAAAUGCUUUUUACUCUUAAAAAAGCCACUUGGCUAAAUCAUGCAUAGUGACAUUUCUUUUACCUUAAUGCAUAGAUAUGAUAAAUCGGAGUUCCCAUCAUGGCAUAUCGGAAACGAAUCUGACUAGGAACCAUGAGGUUGCAGGUUUGAUCCCUGGCCUUGUUCAGUGGGUUAAGGACCCAGCAUUGCCGUGAGCUGUGGUAUAGUUCGCAGGUGCGGCUCGGACCUGGCAUUGCUGGGGCUCUGGUGUAAGCCAGCGGCUAUAGCUCCAAUUAGACCCCUAGCCUGGGAACCUCCAUAUGCUGCGGGUGCGGCCCCAAAAAAAGACCCCCCCCCCAAAAAAAAUAGAUAUGAUAAAUCACAGGAAUAUGGAAAAUGGAAACGGGCCCUUUUUCAAAAUGAGGAAAUAGCAGUAUCCCAGUGGUUUCUUUUCACACUAACACAACAUUUGAAAACCAUUCUUGGACCUUAGACUUACAUACUCCUGAAGAUACAAUGGUAAACAGCAGAUCUGGUUCUUAAAAAACGUUAACGCAAAUAACUCGGCCAUUUUUAUCUGAAGUAUACUUUUAAGACAGAACAAAAGAGUUGGAUCACAAGCAUGUGAAGGUAUAUUUUUCCUAGUUUUCCAGUUUCAGUAAGUGUAUUUACAUAGAAAAAUAUAUUUCUUCCUGUAGUAAUUUCAAAAAAUUAAACUCCCAAGGAUUCAAAAUGGAAAGUAUAAAGUUAGGCUCUUAGGUCUGAUGGCUGCAGUGAAACAGUCACAUGACACAGUUUUGUACGCUGCAAACAUUUUAAUGAUUAUUGUUGAGCAUACAUUUUGGAAAUUUUUUUACUUCAAACUGCAACAAGUUAAAUAAAUGUUUAUAAUAUACAAAGAAAAUACAACCCAAAGUAAAACUUGCUUUAAGUGUGCCUUGCAUCCAGACCAGUGUUUUUUUUUCCCCUUAAUAUAUCUUUAUUUUUGAACUGCACAAACACACUUAAGAAUUUGAUCUUUAUAGGAUGGCAUUUAGGAAAGGAAAAUAUACUCCCACCUCAAAGAAAUAAAAAGGUUGUGCAUGAUUAUAUGCCAAACAAAAGAGAGAACACUAGAUAUACUCUGAUAGUGCAGGCAUCAUUAAAAAGGAAAAGAAAAAGCUUGAGAUGCUCAUUAACUCUCUAUGUUUUAAGGAAGCAGGAUUUUUGACCAAGUAGCUUAAAAGCCAGCAAAACAGGGAUCAGUGAUGGCAACUGUAGUGUAUGAAGUAUGAAAUGACAAACUUUACACAAAUACACUGUUAGAAAUUUACCAGUGAACACUGAAGAUCUGAGAAGCUGCUCUUUGGAACAGUCAAGUAGGACCACCUUAUUCCAGUCACAUGAGCCCUUGUAGCAACACACAGUGUUCUGUGCUAUAUACUUGCUGGCUGGGUAGUUAAAGGAUUUGUUUGUCAUUAGCAGCUAACGAACUUAUUCCACAUGUUCUUAAAGCCUUAAUGGUGGAAAAAAAGGCAAGUGUCAUUAGCAUGGAGGAUCAUAUACUUCUCUGCACACAAACACAAGAGGCUUCACUAGUAUUUUAAAAGUCUCUGAUGUCUCCCAUUGCACUUCAAAGCUCAAUUGAGAUGAAAGCCCUUCUCCAUUGUGGCGGCUAGCAGGCGCUCUCUCAUGAUCUCCUCCGAAGAAUAUUCUGGCAACUUUAGAUAAUGCACACAUGUAUUCACUGAUGGGUAGCUUGCAUCAGUAGCAUCAACCUACAGAAAGAGAAUUGAAAAUAACAGAAGACAAUGAUUUUAAAUAUGCAUUUCUUUCAAUCCUUAAAUAACUAAAUUCCAUUUGGAUUUCUCAUUAGCUAGAGUUUGUACCUUGCGUACAACUGUAAGCCUCGGAUGCAAGUUAGCUAGUCCACCUGGGGGUAGAGUUGAACAACCAGUGGUAAACUGCAGGAAUGCUUUCCUCUCAUCUGAAGACAUGCCACAUAAAACCCUCACGAACCUCAGGAAACCAGGGCUAAAAGAAGAAAAAUAUAGUGUAUUGAUUUGAUAGCUGAUUUAAAUGGAAAACACUACCACUACAUUGUAAGCUGACAAUUACUCAAAACAGCAAAUACAUGUCAGAAGAAUAACACUGUCUAGAGACUCUUGGGUUAAGUAUGAAUUGGGCUGAUACAAACUAGUUAAAAAUCCUUCAAAGACUAUCUUAUAAAUGCUAAGAGUUGAAACACUGAUGAAGUAUAGGAAGCAAAUAUGCAACAAAGCUGGCAAAUCAGAAAAGCUCAAGAUACAAAUGCAUAUUUCAUGGCUAAACUAGCAAUAAGGAUAUGAAAUAAUCCAUUUUUGUUAUAGUAAAAUAAACUAGCACUGUAUGCCACAACAUGGAUGGAUUUUAAAAUUAUAAAAUUAAGUUAAAAGAAAAACAGACCUCAGAGAAUACAUACUGCACAGUUUCAUUAACUAUUCCAAAACAAAAUUAUCCAAUGGGAAUAGUGACUUAAUGACUAGAAAAGAAUAAAAUGGGGAAAGGGACUCUGGAAUUGUUUCUCACUUUAUUUAGGUACCAACUAAACAGGUGUGUCCAUUUGGUGAAAAUUCUCCUGGCUAUACAUGUAAUUAGUGUACUUCUCUGUUAUACUUCAAUAAAAAGUUUACUUAAAAGAAAAAGCUAGGAGUUCCCAUUGUGGCGCAGUGGUUAAUGAAUCCGACUAGGAACCAUGAGGUUUCGGGUUCGAUCCCUGCCCUUGCUCAGUGGGUUAAGGAUCUGGUGCUGCCGUGAGCUAUGGUGUAGGUCGCAGACGUGACUUGGAUCUGGUGUUGCUGUGGCUCUGGCGCAGGCUGGCAGCUGCAGCUCCAAUUAGACCGCUAGCCUGGGAACCGCCAUAUGCCAUGGGUGCAGUCCUAGAAAAGGCAGAAA